AUGGAUGGAGAGCUGCCCCGCGCUGAGGUGGAUGGAGAAGUGUCCUCUGCCACAGAGGACCUGGGAGGAGAGAUGCCCUGUGCGGAGAGCGAUACUGAAGGGGAUGUGUCCUGUGUCGAGAGCGAUGCAGAAGGAGAGAUGCCCUGUGCUGAGACCAACACAAAAGAAGAGGCACCUUGUGCUGAGAGCAGUGUGGAAGGAGAGAUGCCCGGCACUGACAGCGAUGGGGAAGGGGAAAUGCCCUGUGCCGAGAGUGAUGCAAAAGGAGAGGCAUCUUGCUAUGAGAGUGAUGGGGAAGAAGUACCGGAUACUGAAAUCGCUGAUGCUUCAAAGAAAAUGUCUUCUAUUUCUUCUCCCUUGCGGGCGAUCAUCCGCCUGCGGCGACGCUACUGGGUGCAAAAGAAAGGCCGCCUGCAUUUAGAGCUCCCUCGAGAAAAGUCUUCAGAGCUUGCCCAUACGAGGCUGCUGCAAAGGCAGCUUUCCCUGAACCGAACUAGCCUGUAUGGCUCUUCCAUGUCCUUCUUUAAUCAGACCAGCUUCGAAACUUCCCAGUACUUCACCUUUGACACAUCUGUGGAGCAGUGCGCUAUGAAAAAAUGCAGGCGGAAAAAGAAUCGAAGGAAAUCUAGGAUAGUCUUGUAUCCAGAUAAAACAAAAAGAUACCUUCCAGCAGAGGAGAAGAGCAAGGCAAAACGCUGCCUGCUCUUGCUUAUUGUCAUUAUCUUCUUCCAGAUUCUCAAUGCAAUAGAGAACCUGGAUGAUAACCUCCAAAAAUACGACCUAGAUGGUUUGGAGAAAACAAUGCACCGGGAAGUAUUUGGACAGAAGGUUGCUGUGGAAAGUAUUAUGGAAUUACUGAAAGACUAUCUGGCUACCCACAUACACAACAAGCCUCUAGUAAUCUCUUUAAAUGGCCCGACAGGAGUUGGGAAGAGUCAUGUUGGCUGGCUGCUGGCCAAACAUUUUCGUUCCGUCAUGGACAAGGACUUUGUGCUUCAGUACUUUGUUAUGCAUCACUGCCCCAACGGGGUGGCUCCUCUUACUUGCGAAACAGAUUUGUCUGAGAAGAUUUCUGACAUGGUGACAAAAGCCGAAAUAGAAGAGAAGAUACCAUUGUUUAUUCUGGAUGAGGUUGAACUCAUGUCUCCAGUCCUGCUGGAUACUCUUGGCCGAUUCUUUGAACCCAAUCAAACCAACGAGUUCCUCAAUGCCAUCUACAUUUUAAUAAGCAACAUAGGAGGUGGUGAAAUAACAAAGUUUGUUAUCCAGAAUGCAUCUGCUGAGCUUCUGCAUCAGCAAAGGGGAGCUGAAGAACUGCUGAAUAUCAUCCAGCCUGUACUGAUCGAUGCCCACCCUCUCUGGAAAUCUGCGGACAUCAUCCCAUUUGUUCUUCUGGAGAAGACUCACGUCAUAAACUGCUUCCUAGAGGAGAUGAGGAGGGAAGGGCUGUAUCCUGACCAGAAGCAUGUUGAAAAUUUAGCGAGUCAGCUCAGUUACUACACUACAGGAGACAAGCAGUACUCCAGAAUGGGCUGCAAGCAGGUUGUGGCCAAAGUCAACCUGCUGUAG